AUGGCUGCCAACGCGUUUUCCACGCUGACACACAGAAUGCCCGUGGCGCCUCGCGCCCUCUCUGCCACAACGGCCGUGCGCGCGUCGCUGGACACGCGCGUGCUGGAGAGCAAGUCGCUGGGGGAGCUGCGCGCGCUGGCGCGCCAGCGGGGGCUGCGCGGCGACACCAAGGCGGAGCUCGUGAAGAUGCUCAGCAGCGGAACGAACGGCGCAGUCGGCGCCACGCCCGCAGCGCAGGGAGCGAGUCAGUCGGCGCAGGCGCGGCAGCUGGAGGCGAUGCCGCUGGGGCAGCUGCGCGCCAUGGCGCGGAGCCGCGGCAUCUUCGGCAACACCAAGGCGGAGCUCGUCGCGGCGCUCCUUGCCGCGUCCGGUGCGCCUGCCGCCGCGCCCGCUGCACCGGCAGCCGCUCCGGCGCCGGCCCCUGCUGCACAGUACUCCGCUGCGCCGUCCGCCGCUGCGCCGUCCGCUGCUGCCCCCGCGGGCGGCAGCGCGUUGGCGCGGCAGCUGGAGUCGAUGCCGAUGGGGCAGCUGCGCGCCAUGGCGCGGCAAAAGGGGCUGCGCGGCAACACCAAGGACGAGCUCAUCGCUGCGCUGCUCGGCACGUCAUCCAGACCCUCUUCCGCCGCAGCACCGUCCGUUUCUUCUCCACCUCCUGCCCCCGCCGCCCCGUCCGCGCCCGCACCCGUCUCCGCUUCCGCCCCCGCCUCCGCUUCCGCACCCGCGGCGGCGGGCGUGAACCCGCAGGCGCUGUCGCGGCAGCUGCAGGCGCGGCCGCUGUCCGCGCUGCGCGCCAUGGCUUCCGCCAAGGGCAUCUCGCCCGCCGUCUCCAGCAAGGAGCAGCUCGUGCGCGCGCUCGUCGCGGCGGUGACAGCAACAGCGGCGGGGGUGACGGAGGUGCGGGCGGCGGCGUCAGUGCAGGCGGCGGAGCUGCAGAGGCGCCCACUGGCGGAGCUGAGGGCCAUGGCCAGGCAGAGGGGGCUCCGCGGCGACACCAAGGCCGAGCUCGUUAAACUGCUCACUGCCAGCGAACCCCCCGCCGCCACUUUCACCGCUGCGCCCACCACCCCUACUCGCGCCGCCGCCGCCACUGCCACCGCAGCAGCAGUGGCAACCGCCACGGCCACAGCCACCCCCUUCUCGUCCGGCAUCAGCAUACCUUUCCAGUCCGACACCCCUGCUGGCGGCACCACGGCCAUCCAGCCCGCUCAGUCCACCACAGCAGCAGCAGCAGACUCUGACGCGCCCACAAUCCAGGAGGCGAUAGAGCUGUUCUUCUCACCGGAUGGGGCGCAGGAGCAGCAGGCGGACGGGCUGUCGGAGCAGGCUGCCUUCCUGCGCAAUGUCAUGGUGGCGGGUAUUGGCGUGGCCGUGCUGCCGCUCAUCCUGCCCAUGCAGAUGCCCACUCCUGUUGCUGUUGCGCCCUCCUCCCCGCCACCGGCCAUCACCGCCCCUGCUGAGCCCGUGGCUACGCCAGCGGAGCCUGAGCCUGAGGUGAAGGAGCUGUCUGCAGCGGAGUUCUGCCGCAUGCUUCCUGCCUCGCUGCUCUCCCCCGAGGCUGCCAAGUUCUGCGCUGCUGUUGCUGACAUGAAGCUGUGA